CACAUCCUCAGCUUCAUGCCUAGACAAAGGAGCUAAACAUGGACAAGUACAAUACACACCACUAGGAGGAGAGCAUUGGAAAGAGGAGAAAACGAUCAACACACUCCUCUCAUCCCUAAAAGGAAUGAUCACCCCUCUCCUCAGACUGUUUCACCCAGAGUGCGAAUUCAGGUGAGUGUUUGCUAGAGACAGUACACCGUGAAACCACUCGAGGAUUCAUGUCAUUUCCACCUCAUUCACGUUUAGGUUAGCGUGCCUAGGUAAAAAAAAAAAAAAAAACUCUCUUUGAACAAUACGCUGCUCUCUCCGAAACACGAAAUGUAAAAAAUAAGAUAUUCUUGACUAAUGUCACCAUGUAGAGUAAACCGUGCCGACAGCCGAGGAGGAAAAAUAUGAUAAAUGUAUGUUCAACUCAGCGCACGGGAUAGAGAACACGGCCCACUGGACCAGCGAAUGAGAGAUACGAUAAUGUCACAUCCCAAAAACAAAAGACUGGAGGUGGCGUAGUUUAAAUGACUGGAGAUGAAGUGAUACAUGACCCGACGGUAGCGUGCAGAUCUUAAAAUAGCACACGCAUGGGAGGGGCAUGAAAAGCCAUUGGAAGCUAUGACAACCGUUUCCGCGCAUAAUAUAGAACCAGCUGGUCACAAUUUGAAAUAUUGUCAUACUUUUGUGAACACAUAUUGUCGUUCAGCUGCCGUGACCUGAGGUGUGCUGGUUUAACUGCCGCUUGCGGUGUAUUUUAUCACCAAGGCAAUAGGUGUGUUCCGUAAUUACGUCAGCACAACGACGGAGGUUCCCGCUGUAAAUAUCCCACUGUAAAGUGUGAUUGAUUGUGUGUGUGUGUGUGUGUGUGUGAGAGAGAGAGAAAUACGAAAAGCGUGCGCGAGUGAGUGAGCAAGAGGGAGUGUAAAUGGAGAAGGGGGUAGGGACUUGCUAGCGGAAGACGGCUCAGCUCGAGUAAGAGAACAGGAGAAAAAAAAAAAAAAGAAAGCGGGCGACUGCGCGCACCAAACGCAUACAGCAGACAGGGCAAGUCAUAUUUAGGCUGAGCGCUAUGCCACGUUCACCACGGAUGUUGCGGUAGUCGGACUGGCUUUGCCCCUGAAGAGAGGCUCUUGUCAACGUUUUAUCAUCUCAGGGAUUGCAGGAUGGCUCGGGUGGGAAACGGAGCUGGAAAUAACGACAUCGAUGAGCAGGACUGUUUUGAAGAUGCCUUCGAUCGGAUCCCUGUGGCCUGUAAAAUGGACCUCCAGACCUCCAUAGAGGAGUGCGGGAUGGCCCUAAACCUGGUCCUCAACAACAAGUUUUCAGAAGCCUUGGACCUCCUCAAGCCCUGGUCUAAAGACAGCAUGUAUCAUGCGCUGGGCUACAGCAGCAUCCUGGUGAUGCAGGCGGCCAUGACCUUCGAGCACAGAGACAUCCAGGCUGCCAUGACGACCAUCAAGGAUGCCCUGCAAACUUGCCAGAGGUUCAGGAAGAGAAUUUCAGUGGUGGGCUCAAUUUCCAGCCUGAUGACCAAACAAGCCUCAGACAACUUGAAGGAGGAGGAGAUGCAUGCAGAGAUCUGUUAUGCUGAGUGCCUGCUACAAAAAGCCACACUAACCUUUGUACAGGAUGAAAAUAUGAUCAGUUUCAUCAAGGGAGGAAUCAAGAUCCGCACAAGUUACCAGAUUUACAAGGAAUGCCAAAACCUCUUGAGUGUGGCUCAGGAGGGCGGUGUGCAAACAGAGGCCUUAAGACAGUUUGAAGGCGGAGUCAAGCUGGGUAUUGGCUCCUUCAACCUGAUGCUGUCGCUUUUACCAGCAAGAAUACUGAGGCUAUUGGAGGUCAUUGGGUUUUCAGGGCACAGGGAGUUUGGUCUCUCUCAGCUGAGGGAGGGGGCAGGCAGCCACAGCCUGAGGUCCAUACUGAGCGUGCUCACACUGCUCUUCUACCACACCUACGUGUGCCUCAUACUGGGUACUGGUGAGGGUAACUUGAUCGAGGCAGAGGCCCUGUUGGAGCCUUAUCAGGAGAAAUUCCCAAAGGGUUCAAUCAUUCUGUUCUACACGGCCAGGAUUGCCACCUUGAGGGGCAACUUUGAGAAGGCUCAGCAGACGUUCCAGGAGUGUAUCAGUGCACAGCAGCAGUGGAGACAGAUCCACCACCUGUGCUACUGGGAGCUGAUGUGGUGCCACUCAUACCAGCAACAAUGGGGCCAAGCACUCAAAUACGCAGACCUGCUCUACAAGGAAAGCCGUUGGUCCAAGGCAAUCUACAUGUACCAGAAGGCGGCCAUCUUGAGUAUGAUGUCAGAGGAGGAGGUGCGUCAGACUGGUGAGAACGUGGUGGAGCUCUUCAGGCAGGUAGAGGGGCUGAAACAGCGGUUAGCUGGGAAGUCCAUCCCCAUUGAGAAGUUUGCUGUGAGGAAGGCCCGGAGAUAUACGUCACCCACGCCUGUCAAACUGAUCAUUCCCGCCCUGGAGAUGAUGUAUAUGUGGAAUGGCUUCACCAUCGUUGGAAAGAGGUCGGAUGCUGCGGAAGCCCUCUUGAUCACCAUCGAGGAAGCAGAGCAAAACCUACGCACCACCCCCAGUGAGUACACUGUGGAUGAUGAGUGUUUGGUGCAGCUGUUAAAGGGUUUGUGUCUGAAGCACCUGAGUCGUUUCAUGCAGGCAGAGCUCUGUUUCACACAGGUGCUAGCCAGUGAGAAGAGGUUCCGGUAUGAUCACUAUCUCGUCCCCUUCACACUCUAUGAGCUUGGAUUGCUAUACAAACAACAGGGUGACUUUGCCAAAGCAACCAAAUACAUUGAAGAUGCGAAGUUGAACUACAAAGAUUACUCCAUGGAAUCCCGACUUCAUUUCAGAAUCCAUGCAGCACUGAGCAGCCUGAAGAGCUCUCCAGUUGGCACACCGUAAUAGACACGGAGACACACACACACACACACACACACACACACACAGACAAAAUUCCAGCCAUUUUAGUCAGCAUCUCAUUGCCUUGCUGUGCCAACAUGGCUUCUGGAUGGUACAGCUGUGUGCAACGAUCAAGACAUUUUCACCAAAGAAAGGCAAAUGCUUGAAAUCAUCACAUAUAUGCGUGCACGCACACAUACACACACACACACACACACACAUAUGUGCACGCGCACUCUCACACACAUACACUCAAGACAAUGAACCUCAAAUCAUGUACUCUGUCACACAUAUACAUGUUUACCUUCAAACCCUGUAAGCACACUCUUUAUCUCUCUCACACACACACACACACACACAAACACAGAAACAGAACAAUUGUGUGUUCGCUGCUAGAUGCAAACUCACAUAUAAACACUUGGAUUCAUGAAUGGGACUUUGAGGUUUCACUGAACGAAUGUAAUUCUUUAAAACCGAGACCAAAUGUGUGUGUGUGUGUUUGUGUGUGUCUGUUUUAGUUUCACUCUCAUGGGUGCAAUAAUUAACAUUUUGACGGCCAUUAUUAAUAUCAGUCCUUUGUCGCUGUUUUUAUAAUAGGUGUCUUAUUAUUUAUGUCUUAAAUGUUCAUUCAGCUCUGAUCUGAGCUGCCUUGGGCCUUUGACACAUCACAGCACUCUAAAGGAGAGAGGGUGGACAUGGUUUUAUAAAGCAAUAACAUAUUUUACAAUUAUUAACAAUAUUAAUAACCUUAAUCAUUCAGACCUUUCUGCUAUCUCUCACCAGCUGGGAUUUCAACAGUAUCAGCAAGUAAAUUAAUUCAUAACUUGCAUUCUCUCUCAGUCCGUUGCAUACUAACACACACGGACAAACUUGCAGGCAUAUAUGUGUGUGUGCGUGUGUAUUGUACUGACAGAAACACACACUAACAAACUGAGCUACGAAUUUGUGUGUGUGUGUGUGUUUUUUGUGUAUAUAUAUAUAUAUAUAUAUAAAUAUAUGUGUGUUUAUGUAGCCUAGAUAUAUUGUCCUUAAAGCCAUAACCUGCUAUAGCUCAGAAAUGUGUGUGUGUGUGUGUGUGUGUGUGUGUGUGUGUGUGUGUAUGAAAGAGAGAGACAGAGACAGAGAGAGAGAGAGAAAAACAGUUAGUUUGCCAGACUUAUAUAAGAUAGCACAAAUUUUGAAUGUGUGUCUGCCCAACACACAUGCAUUUUCAUAUUUAAUCUGGUCUGUAUAUUUGUCUGUUUUGGGUCACAUCUUUAUUUUAUUGUAUUUGUGUGUGUCUGUGCGUGUGCGUGUGUGUGUGUGUGGGGUGGGGUGGGGGGUGGGGGAUAUGUUACUGUAUUUGUAUUAGUGCCUAAAUAGUGUCUGAAUCACAUGUAUGUUUGAUUAGCUGUGUGUGUGUGUGUGUGUGUGUGUGUGUGUGUGUGUGUGUGUGUGUGUGUAUGAAUUAUGUGUUCACCAAUGCUGUACGAUGACCAAUAAAACAAUAAAACAAAGUACACUCCA